AUGAUGUGGAAUAUUUGGUAUUCCCGAAAUCAUGUCUUGUACCAGAACAAACAGGUCUUGUCGAAGCAAGUGGUGGAUGAUUCCCUUGAUCAUGUUCUUGAGUUCAUUAAAAGGAAUCUAGAGAUUGGUUUAAAGAAGAAAAAGGUCCAGCCUGAGGGUUGGAAUCACAUUCCUCGAGAAGUGGUCCUGGUGCAGGUAGAUGUUGGUUUUUCUACUGAAAGGUAUGUUGUUUUUGGAUGUGUUUUCAAGAACGACGCGAGAGGGGUUUUGUUGGCCACUAGAAGGAAAGAUUUUAUUGAGAUGGAUACCACGACUGCUGAGCUACUGGAAAUACGUUGGUGUUUGCAGUUGGCCCGAUCCCAGAAUUUUGACAAGAUCAUCGUACAUUCAGAUGUGUUAAAGGUUGAUGAGUGCAUUAAUGGCCAUCUUUCUCUGGUCUCUCUUGCUCACAUUGCAGAUGACUGUAGAGAGCUCUUAAAGUCCUUUAGAGUUGUGUCCAUUAUGUAUUUUUCUAGAUUUUUCAAUUUUGAUGCCCAUAUUGUUGUUGGCUUAGGAGAAUUGUUUGGUUCUAGAACUUGGAUUGGGGGUUUUCCUUUUGUGGAUGUCCUUCAUGCUUCUGUUGUUGUUGUUGUUGUUUCUUCUUAA